UCUAAGAGACGGGGCGUGACGGGGCCGGAAGGUGGCGGGAGGGAGCCGAACCGGAGCCGGCGGGAGGGCCAGGCCAGAGGCCCCCAACCUGGCUUGCCCGCCCCGGCCGCGGCUGAGGAGGAAGAGGAGGAUGAUCUCCAGAUACACUCGGAAGGCGGUGCCACAGAACUUGGAGCUGAAAGGAAUAACAAAACAUCCUCUUAAUCAUCAUCCCCUUCCAGAGAAGCUGGAUGCAAUUUCCUCUACCAAUGACAGCCAUGAAAACGACAUAAGUUCCCAAAGUGAGUCUGACAUCACACAAGAAUCACCUUUUACAUCAGCUGACACUGGGAAUUCAAGGUCUGCUUUUCCAAGUUAUACAGGCACAGGGAUCUCUACUGAAGGCAGCUCGGACUUCUCCUGGGGAUAUGGUGAACUUGAUCAAAAUGCCACUGAAAAAGUCCACGCAAUGUUCACAGCCAUUGACGAGCUCUUGUAUGAGCAGAAGUUGAGUGUACAUAUUAAAAGUCUACAAGAAGAGUGCCAACAGUGGACAUGUAGCUUUCCUCACCUCAGGAUUCUGGGUAGGCAGAUAAUCACUCCAAGUGAAGGUUAUGGGCUGUAUCCUAGAUCCCCUUCUGCUGUUUCAGCUUCACAUGAGGCAACAAUGUCUCAAGAAAGAGAUUCUACUAUAUUUGGUAUUAGGGGAAAGAAGUUACAUUUUUCAUCUUCAUAUGCUCCUAAAGCAUCUUCCAUUGCCAAAUCCCCUAGCUUGUGUUCUAUGGAAAGAGAAGAGGAAGACUGUAUAAUCUUCUCGGAAGGAAUAAUAGAGGAAUACCUAGCAUUCGACCACACAGAUAUGGAAGAGAGGUUUCAUGGAAAGAAGUCAGAAGCAGCUACAGAGAAACAGAAAUUAGGGUACCCACCUAUUGCUCCAUUUUACUGCAUGAAAGAGGAUGUCCUUGCUUAUGUGUUUGACGAUGUGUGGAGCAAGGUCCUAAGCUGUAUGGAGCAGCUGACACGUAGUCACUGGGAGGGAUUUGCUUCUGAUGAUGACAGUAAUGUUGCAAUCACCAGACCAGCUUCAGAAAGCCCCUGUGUGCUGAAUGCACCACAACCUUUGGUCUUACCUCGAGUGCCACAGUCUAAGGUGCUGUCCAUCACCUCAAAUCCGAUGAGUCUCUGUCAAGCAGCAAGUGGUCAUCAGCCAAAUGUGAAUGGUCUCUUGGUUCAUGGGAUGCCUCUACAGCCAAGAAAUCUCUCCCUAAUGGACAAGCUCCUAGAUCUUGAUGACAAGCUACUUAUGAGGCCUGGGUCCAGUACCAUCCUUUCAACUCGAAAUUGGCCAAAUCGAGCCCUGGAGCUUAGUACAUCAUUUCUGUCAUAUACAGUGCAGUCCGCCAGGAGACGCAAUCCCCCACCACGUACCCUUCAUCCCAUCAGCACAAGCCAUUCACGCGCUGGAACACCAAGACCUAUGGAAGAAAUACUCAGAGGAUCCCGAGUCCCAGUGGCGGCCGACUCACUCUCCUCUCCCUCACCACUGCCCCUGAGUCGAAAUAAUCUGCUGCCACCUAUUGGCACAGCUGAAGUGGAACACUUGAGUACUGUGGGGCCACAAAGGCAAACGAAAACCCAUGGCGAUUCCAGUCGAGCUCGAAGUGCAGCGGUGGAUGAGCCUAACCAUCAGCAGCCCCACGAGAGGCUCCUUUUACCAGACUUUUUCUCCAGGCCCAACACAACUCAGUCAUUUCUGCCGGACACACAGUAUCGUCGUUCAUGUGCUACUGAGCAUCCUCAUCAGGCCCGACCUGGUAGGGGAUCUGCAGGAACAGGUCCUCAGUUACAUGGAUCUACAAAAUCUCAAAACAGAGGUGGACCUAUCACUAGAACCAGGCAGGGACCAUAGGGCAAGUGAGAAGAACCUGCCUCAUGCUGCAGGGAACAUGUGGGAAGAUUUCACAAAUCAGUGUUCAGUCAUCUCGUGAUGCAGAGCUUGUAAACAGGAGACAACUUGAAACUAUCUUCAUGAAGAGUUAUUUUGGUACAACAGACUGAGAACAGUAUCAGCCAAAGAUUACAUGGGUACUGCUUCUAUCUCCAGUUACUGUCUUCUUUCAGCAUAAGUUAACCAUUUCACUGGACAGUAAAAUUUGUACCCAAAGAUGUAACAAAAGAGUAAUAUCCUCCAAAUCACUGUUCAUAUUGUCUGUUAACAAUGAUCAGUUCAAUUAUUACAGGAUUCUAUCAGACUAUACAUACACAAAAAGUAGGAAAUUGUUUGAUAACAUUACCACUGGCUUCGGAAUACUUCUGCUUGUGUUAAUUUUUGGACAGGUGUACUCACUUUUACGUCAUUUUUAGGAGACAGUGCUGUCAAAAAUCUGAGCUACUCAUCAAACAGGUGAGUCGUUCCUAAAGUUUUCUCUUUAGAUGUCCAAUUCCAUAGGCAGACAGAUAUGGCAGGGGUGAGUAACUAAAGACAUAAAUGUUGAGCACUGGUGUAAAGUAACCUAUGUAAUAAACCAUAAUGGAUUUUUUUUUCACAUAGGACGACUCAACCUCACAACACCUGCUUGACAUCAGGUUAUGCUUCUUUUCUUCUUAAAGUACUUUAGUGGUCGUAUUUAUUUCCAAAUAUUAAACUCACCUUGCUGAUUUUCUCCUGCAGAUCUAAGAAAGGCAAUUUAAAAAUUUAUAGAAUAUUUCUAUUAGUGAGCCAGCAAGACACAACUUCUUAAAAUUUCAGAAACCCUGCAAAUUAGUCCAGUAUAAACAUAUCCUAAGAGCAAAGGAAGAGAACUUGGACAUUCUUCCAAUUUUCACAUGGACCUUUCCUGAGUGCACUCAUUAACAAUGGUUUUAACUAUGGCUUACAUUUAUUUUAUUUAAAUUUCACUGAAUUUUAAUUUUGAUGAUCAUACUGGUUUUAGAUCUUACUGUUAAUCUUCAGAGUUGAUCAAUUCAAUUGGGGUAAUUUUAUUAUUUCGCACUUAUCUAAUGCUAUCACAUGAAGACGGAUGCUUCAAACAACCUGCAUUAAAAUUGUAUUUUUGAUGCAAUUAAAGAGUAUUUUUUAACCUGUUUAUAAUCACAAACUGAAAACGUGUCAUGGGCUUACCCCAGAUAAAUCAUGAUACAUAAAUCUCAUAACAGAAGGCUUGUUUUAUGUAUAUGGUAUUGAAUAUAUUAGCUUACAAAUCAGAGAUUUUAAGUUGAACAGUCCCUAAAAAAUUUCCAUAUAUUCUAAUGAGUUCAUACCAAUUCAACUAAAUAUAAGUGAAAAUCUCUGUACCAUUCUCACAAAUCAAUACCAGGAGUACAUAAUAACAAGCCACUGGAUCAAGACGGCUUGCCUUUCAAGGUUAAAGUUAAGAGUCAGAAGGAGCCUCUAACAAGUCAUUUAGCCCAGCUCCCUUACUCUUUUAUAGAGGAAAGAAGUUCAGACAAGCUCAGUGACUUAAAGACAUUCAGCAGUUACAGGCAGGACUACAACAUCUCUUGAGGCAACUUAAACCAGGCUAUCUGCUACAAUGCUGACUACGACUACUUUUCUUCUCUCUUCUUUAUCCUAAGCACCAUUCAUAUCGUUUCUAGAUCAUCUUUUAAAUGAUCACACUGGGAUCAUUUAAAAAGCUCCUGGAACUUAACAGUCAUUUUUUUACUUGUUUAUUUAAUCAUGUAAGAUGCUUGAAGUUAUCUGAACACCUGUUUCUCCUAUAAACCUCAAGCAAAGAGUGCAAAACUUAGUUGUAAAACAAAAAGGAGAGGGUCUAUGCAAGAACAUUAAGAAAGCAGGGGUUUCCCUGGUGGCGCAGUGGUUGAGAGUCCGCCUGCCGAUGCAGGGGACAUGGGUUCAUGCCCCGGUCCGGGAAGAUACCACAUGCCGCGGAGCAGCUAGGCCCGUGAGCCAUGGCCGCUGAGCCUGCGCGUCCAGAGCCUGUGCUCUGCAACGGGAAAGGCCACAACAGUGAGAGGCCCGCAUACCACAAAAAAAAAAAAAAAAAAAAAAAAAAGACUGAAAGUAAAUUGGCAAGUAUUUGGAAGACAGAUGUCCAGCAAGUGUGUUGAAGGCUAGGUAAAGUACCUGUUCUAAUAAACACACACCACUAAAUACCCUGCAGCUCACUCCUGUGUGGCAAAAUGACAACUGCUAAAUGUGGUAGGGAUAGAUCUGCAUUAUAGGUACAGUUCCUUGUACAGAAGACCCAUAGAAGAGUGCUGUCAGGAAGCAUAUACCCUUCCGCUCCCUCAAUGAUCACCACCAAAUUCCUUCAUAGGAGGACCUCACAGAAUGUCAUGGUGUUUCCAGGAUAUACUAACAUCAGGUUGAGAGAUUCUGUUUGGUUUAUGUAGUUGAUCUGAAUCAUUUAGGCUUGAAAGAUAACUUUUCUCAAGGGUUAACUUUUGUCUUCAAAUCUUGACAGCACCUUGCCUACGAUGGCAUCAAUUAACACCUAAGGAGUUUUGAAGAGAAAAUUCCAUUAUUUCUUUUCUUUCUUGAGAGUUGUUUUUUUCCCCCCUCGUUUGGAAGGUUUGCAGUACUUUGCUUCCAUCUGAGCCAGAAAAUUGUCCAUUUCCUUUUGCCGAUCCUUUUGUCUGCUCUGUUUGAGAAGUUAAAACACAAGCUUUCAAAACACAAGACUGUCCACAGAGAUAAAAGUACUUAGCAGCUUCCAGGGGCUGGUGGAAAGGGAGAAUGGGGAGUGACUGCUAAUGGAUAAGGGGUUUCUGUUUAGGGUGAUGAAAAUGUUCUGGAAUUACUGCUGAUGAUUGUAAAACCUAAUAAAUAUACUAAAAACCA